AAAUUUUCAUGAACUAAAGACAAUUAGUAAAUUUUCAACACAAUUUUCAAUAUUUUUUGAGUGUUACAAAUACAAAAAUGGAAUAAUCAGUACUACAGUAUUCUUACUACAAAUCUAUGGUUGCAAUUAGAGAUGGGUGCUUUGAUUAUUUUCGAGUGUCAGUCAAUCAGUCAAUCUAUGAUUAGUGUCUGUGGAGUAGUCGUUUAGGUUGGUUGCGUGUCCAGGGGGAACGAUUUAGCAUAAAACGAAAAAUAAUCCAGUGAGGAUUUUGAAAUAUAUUUUAAAAUAUCCAAGGCAACAAUGGCUACUUUAUUCCAUAGAUCUGGCAUCAGAUUGCUUGAAACUGGUAAACUUUCCCAAGCUUCAAGUGUCUUGCGCCAACUCAGUGAUGCCUCCACUGAUCUCAAAGCUAUCCUUGCUGCUAAAAUACCCAAAGAACAAGAAAGGGUGAAAAAUUUCCGCAAAAAUCAUGGAAACACCAAAGUAGGUGAAGUUACCGUUGACAUGAUGUACGGAGGUAUGAGAGGAAUUAAGGGUUUGGUCUGCGAAACUUCAGUUUUGGAUCCUGACGAGGGUAUCAGGUUCAGAGGUUUGAGUAUCCCAGAAUGCCAGAAUGUUUUGCCUAAGGCUCCCGGAGGUCAAGAACCAUUACCAGAAGGUUUGUUCUGGCUGUUGAUCACAGGAGAUGUACCUACUGAAGCUCAGGUUAAAGCUAUAUCCAAAGAAUGGUCCGAGCGUGCUGAACUCCCAUCCCAUGUAGUUACCCUAUUGAACAAUAUACCAACCAACGUUCACCCAAUGUCCCAACUUUCUGCAGCUAUGACCGUACUGAACAGCGAGAGUAAAUUCGCUAAAGCUUACGCUAGCGGAGUGCACAAAUCCAAAUACUGGGAAUACACCUAUGAAGAUGCAAUGGAUCUCAUUGCCAAGCUACCAGUUGUAGCAGCUACCAUCUACAGAAACACCUACAGGGAUGGCUCAGGCAUUGGAGCCAUCGAUACCUCAAAAGAUUGGAGUUACAACUUCACCACCAUGUUGGGAUAUGAUAACCCCGAAUUCAUUGAAUUAAUGAGACUGUACCUGACGAUUCACAGUGAUCACGAAGGUGGAAAUGUAUCUGCUCACACCGUUCACUUAGUUGGUUCAGCAUUAAGCGAUCCUUACCUUUCAUUCGCAGCUGGUAUGAAUGGAUUGGCCGGACCACUCCACGGUCUCGCAAACCAAGAAGUAUUGAUUUGGUUACAAAAGCUUCGCCAACAAGUUGGUGAUAAAGCAACUGAAGAUCAGCUCAAAGAUUUCAUCUGGAAAACUCUCAAAUCCGGACAAGUUGUACCUGGCUACGGACAUGCUGUACUGAGGAAGACCGAUCCAAGAUACACUUGUCAGCGAGAAUUCGCACUUAAGCACCUUCCCAAUGACCCCUUAUUCCAGUUGGUAUCAAACGUUUACAAAGUAGUUCCUCCAAUCCUUUUGGAAUUGGGAAAAGUUAAAAACCCCUGGCCAAAUGUAGAUGCUCAUUCUGGUGUACUUUUGCAGUAUUAUGGUCUCAAAGAAAUGAACUACUACACAGUACUCUUUGGAGUAUCAAGAGCCCUUGGUGUCUUAUCCUCUCUUGUUUGGGACCGUGCCCUAGGACUUCCCAUUGAAAGACCAAAAUCAAUGUCCACCGACGGCCUCAUGAAAGCUCUUAAAGCAUAAUAAAUGAACUCGAACGAAAAUUAAGAGGCCUGCCGAAGAUUGACAGAAUAGAAACAAGAGGAGUACAUUUUCAGACAAUAGGAUGAAUAAUUAGAUUCCAGGUCCAUUUGACAACAUAAGAAUCAAUUUAAUUUUUUAAUGAGUUAUUUUUUGAGAAUUUACAAAAAUGUACUUCUGCAAUUUCAUUUAUUAGUGGCAAAAAAUUUCAUUGUUUCAUAUUCAAAACACUUAGUAUUUUAAUUAUAAAAUACCACUAAAAAUUGGAAGUCUGAUUUUAAAUUAAAAUCGUGUUUUUGGUACUUAUACUUUUUGAAAUAAUUUUCAACUGUUCAAAAAUCUUUUCAUCUAAAUGUUUCUAGAAUGUACAGAUUUCAGGUUAAGUGAUUUAUUUAUUUAUUUAAAUGAGAUUUGUUUUCGCCAAAAUAUCUAAUAUUUUAACCUUUCACACGAUUAGCAUUGCGAUGUAAAUUUUGUUGUGGCGUUUUCUUUAGCCAUUUUUCAAAUCAUACAUUGAAAUUCAUCAAUUAAAAGAUUGUUUUAUUUUCAAACCUUUAUGUGAGGGACUUUUAAAAAUAAACUUCUUAGGUAAUAAA